CCAGCCAUCCAUCCCUCCCUCCCGCCAGCUCCUGGGAACUGGAGCCACAAGUGUCUGUCUGACAGUUCAGCCUCUGUGGGAAGCAGGCUCAAGUCUCUCUCUCCUCCUCCUUUCUCCACACCCCCUACACCCCCACAACUUUGGCCGGCCGCCGGGCGACACCACGAGUUAUUUCCCUGCUAUUUCCCAGUCCCGGAGCUCUUGGCCCCUGAACAACUGGUUUCCUCUAGGAGUUUGGGAGGAGCGCUGUGGAGCCGGCAAGGAGCAACAGACGCUGGGAUCAGUCAGCAAGGGCAGGGGCUGCCUGGUUGGGCCCACAGACUACAAGAGGAUCCUGGCGUCUGGGCCUCCGAGGUCACCACCAUGAGGCCACUUCUUGCCCUGCUGCUUCUGGGGUUGGUGUCAGGCUCUCCUCCACUGGAUGACAACAAGAUCCCCAGCAUGUGUCCCGGGCAGCCCGGCCUUCCAGGCACACCAGGCCACCAUGGCAGCCAAGGCCUGCCUGGCCGCGACGGUCGUGAUGGCCGCGACGGUGCGCCCGGAGCUCCGGGCGAGAAAGGCGAGGGCGGGAGGCCGGGACUGCCUGGGCCGCGAGGGGAGCCUGGGCCUCGUGGAGAGGCAGGUCCCGUGGGGGCUAUCGGACCUGCUGGGGAGUGCUCGGUGCCCCCGCGAUCAGCCUUCAGUGCCAAGCGCUCCGAGAGCCGAGUGCCUCCGCCAGCUGACACACCCCUACCCUUCGACCGCGUGCUGCUAAAUGAGCAGGGACAUUACGAUGCCACUACCGGCAAGUUCACCUGCCAAGUGCCUGGUGUCUACUACUUCGCCGUCCACGCGACCGUCUACCGGGCCAGCUUGCAGUUCGAUCUUGUCAAAAAUGGCGAGUCCAUCGCCUCUUUCUUCCAGUUUUUCGGGGGGUGGCCCAAGCCAGCCUCGCUCUCGGGGGGUGCUAUGGUAAGGCUGGAACCCGAGGACCAGGUGUGGGUGCAGGUGGGCGUGGGUGAUUACAUUGGCAUCUAUGCCAGCAUCAAGACAGACAGCACCUUCUCUGGAUUUCUCGUCUAUUCUGACUGGCACAGCUCCCCAGUCUUCGCCUAAUAUACAGUGAACCUGGAGCUGGCACUUGCUCCUAGAGGAGGGUCUGUGACAUUGUCAGGCGCAUACCAGGAGGGCUGGCCCCCUGGAAUAUUGUGAAUGACUAGGGAAGAGAAGGAGCUACCUCCUGUCCCACUGCUGGCAAGGAAUGGAGACAGGCUGUCUGAGGUCAAGGCAGGCAGUGUGGAACAGCGGCUGGGUUUCUGCCCAGGAGUGUGCUGUGCUGGCAACUGUGGGUUCCUGGUUGUCCUGGCCCAGGAUUCCAAGGUGGGAUGCUCCUUCCUAGUCCUGUGUCCCCUCUAGGUCCCUGACUCCAUAUCUCCUGCUCCUAGGGCCAGCCUUUUUCUCAGAGCUCACUCAAUAAACCUCAAAA